UGAUAAGCUCUUUUGUACCAUUUGCACAAUUGAUAGAUCCACCCACCCCAGCUCUUACAUUCUCCACUAAUCAUCAUCAUCAUCUUCCUCUUCUUCCAUUCAUGAUCUAGCUAGCUAGCUAGGGUUUUCUGUCACAUAAAUUUUAGUAAGGUGUAACGAAUGAACUUCCAAGCAAGAACGACAUAUAUAUAUAUAUAUAUAUAUAUAUGUGACAGACGAGGUGAAGUGAGACAUAGGUAGCUAGCUUCCUUGGAAAAUCGAACCCCACACUUCCUUGGAACAAUAAUAUAGUCAAGAAUCAAACCAGAAAGAAACCAAGAAGUCAAGGUCUGCGGCAUAUGCACACAGCAAGGGCAUCCAACCGAUUCUUGCGCAACUCUCCAAGAAGAACAAGUCAAUGCCUUGGGUUUUCAGUCUCAUCAACAAAAGAGGUACGAUCCAGACUCUAACACUUACAACCCCGGGUGGAGAGAUCACCCGAAUUUGAGAUAUGGGAACCCUCAACCACAACAAAAUCAGCCCUCCCAACAAUCCUUCUCAAAUCACCAAGGCCAAACCUCAAGCUCAAAUAUGUCCACCGAAGACAUGAUCCGAGCACUUGCUACAAAUUAUUCAACGAUGCAACAAAGUUUGGCUCAGUUCCAAGAAACGACGAAAUCUAGCAUCCAAAACUUGGAAAAUCAAUUGAGCCAAAUUUCGAGUGCUGUGAACCGGCUUGAGGCAAAAGAUUCGGGUAGACUCCUCUCUCAAACGGAGCAAAACCCGAGACAGCAUGUUAAUGCAAUAAUGUUGAGGAGUGGGACGACAUUGAAAGAGGUGCAUAAGGAAGAAGGGCAAGAUAAAAAGGAGGUUGGCCUUGAAGAAGACUUUCAACCGGAAGAGAGGACCAUAAAAGCAAUGUUUCCACCAUUGUCCUCAUAUGAACCACUACCCCCAUUCCCCGAAGCACUGAAGGAAACAAGGAAGCUGGAGAAAGAUGCUGACAUGUAUGAGACUUUUGCCAAAUGUGAGAAAGGAAGACUUUGAAGAGAAGAAAACAAGAAAUUUGACUGCCCAGGAGUGAAACCCGGCCGGGUAGAAACCCCCACCCAGUCGGGUAUGAUUUAACAGACGAAAUUGCCAAGAAAGUCACUGGACCCGGUCGGAUCCCCUACUUGACCCGGUCGGGUCAGAUGUGACCCGGAACAAAAUGAUGUGCGAAGAUCACCAGAACGUGGCGGAUUAUCUGAUUUUGACCGGACCCGGUCGGGUAAGUACUUGACCUGGUCGGGUACCCGGCCAAAGGUGUUGAAAAACACCUAUAAAUAACACACUUUUUCUUCUCUAAAAAUCAUCCCUUCUUUCAUACUCCUAAGCUCAGUUUAGAAUAGCAUUUCUUUAUAUUUUUAUAGCAUGUUUAGUCUCCAAAUGAGGAGCUAAACUUCUAUUUCUUGGUGUUGCUCUUGAAGCUUGUUGAUUAUUAAAGUUGUAAGUUAUUUUCUUAACUUCUUUCCUUGAAUAUUAAUUAAUAGUUCUUUCCUUAAUACCAUCUCUA